AUGUCAGCAAUGAAGUGCGUCGUCUUCGAUGGGCCGAAGCAGAUAUCAGUACAGAACAGACCAGUCCCCACGGUCAGGGAUGCCAAAGACGUCAUCGUAAAGGUCCGGUACACGGCUCUGUGCGGCAGCGAACUUCAUGUCUUCCGAGGCCAUCAACCAUCUGCGCCAGGGUUUAUCAUGGGCCAUGAAUUCUCUGGAACGGUACACGAGGUUGGUUCGGACGUGAAGAACCUCAAGGUCGGCGACAAAAUUGUCAGCCCUUUUACCGUCAGCUGCGGAGAGUGCUUUUAUUGCUCCCGAGGAUUUUCGUCCCGUUGCAAAGAGUGCCUCCUUUUUGGCUGCCCCCUGCUUGACGGCGCGCAGGCUGAGUACGUGAGGGUCCCCUGGGCGGACUCAACGGUUGUCAAAGCUCCCCCCGGUAUCGACGAGCUCAAACUUUGCCUCAUGGCCGACAUCUUUCCCACAGGAUUUUUUGCUGCUGAAAACGCAUUGGCGUCGCAGAGCUUUGCCGAAGAGGCCGUGGUUGUCUUGAUAGGCUGCGGUCCAGUUGGUCUAUGCGCCCUCAUUGCGGCCUUGGAGUAUAAGCCCAAGGCCCUGCUCGCAGUCGAUGGUGUGCCUUCAAGACUGGACAAAGCGAAGGAACUUGGGGCCGAGCCUUGGAAUUAUCUGACCCAGGCAGAAGAGCUCGAAGCAAGGGUCAAGGAACUGACCGAAGGUCGAGGUGCGGACGUCGUCAUCGAGGUGGUAGGCCACAGCUCUGCGUUGGAUACAGGCUUCAAGCUUCUAAGGCCUUGGGAACAAUUUCAAGCCUUCAUGACUGAUACUAUCAUGCCUCUCAGCGAUGCCGUCAAAGGGUACGAGAUCUUCGACAGCAUGAAGUCCCUGAAGGUCAUAUUUGAUGCCGAGAAAUGAUGGGAAAGAUGGUAAAAUAGCCUUAGCAAACGAGUCCUGGUCUUUUCGCCAUGAGCGCAAUUGUUGUGUAAUCAAACUGUUGUCUACGGUAGCUCAAACCUACGUUGGAUUUACAUCCAAGAUGUCU